AUGCAGCUGGACACCGGAGCGUCUGUAUCCCUGGUUCCAGAGAGACUCUACAAAGAAAAACUGAAAGAGUGCCCUCUUCAGCCCACGUCCAUCCGCCUUCCUUCAUACACUGGUGACACUAUUCCUGUGUUAGGGCAGAUCCAGGUACCAGUCCGGUAUGAGGGGAAGGAGUGGACGCUACCGCUUGUCAUUGUUAAAGGAGAAAAAUCAGCCUUGCUAGGCAGAAACUGGCUACAAAAGAUCAGGUUGAACUGGGGAGAAAUCUUCAGUCUCAGAAAUGACAAACCAGUGAGUCAGGCUACACUCACUAACAUGCUGGAGACGCACAAAGAUCUUUUCAAAGAUGGCUAUGGUGAAAUACAAGACUUCACAGCAAAAGUCCGAGUGCAAGAAGGAACCAAGCCUAUCUUUAACAAACCACGUCCGGUUCCCUAUGCUCUUAAGGAAGCAGUAGAGAAGGAACUGGACCGCCUACAGAAGAAUAACAUAAUAACGAAAGUAGCGAGGAGCGACUGGGCCGCUCCGAUUGUUGUAGUCCCAAAGAAAGACAAGACCGUCAGAAUGUGCGGUGACUACAAGGUCACAGUAAAUCGCUGCAUACUACCAGAGGAAUAUCCACUACCAAACGCUGAAGAUCUGUUUGCCACUCUAGCUGGUGGGAAGGUUUUCAGUAAGCUGGACCUGGCAUUCGCUUAUCAGCAACUGAAGCUGGAUCCGGAGUCAGAACAGUAUCUGACCAUCAAUACACACAAGGGGCUAUUCAGAUUCAAUCGCUUGGCCUAUGGAAUCUCGACAGCUCCAGCGAUAUUCCAACAAACAAUGGAUCAGAUCUUGGACGGUAUAGACCAUGUUGUGUGCUUCAUGGACGACAUCCUCGUGUCAGCACCAACCAUUGGAGAGCACCUUGUAGUGCUGGACAAAGUGAUGUCAAGACUGGAGAAAUACGGAGUGAGAAUGAAACGCAGCAAGUGUGAGUUCCUCCAGGACUCAGUGGAGUAUCUCGGAUACAAGAUUGAUGCACAAGGCCUGCACCCAACCAACAGCAAGGUGGAAGCAAUCGUAAACGCUCCAGCACCCACAAAUAUCUCAGAGCUGAGGUCAUUUUUGGGGCUCCUGAACUAUUACGGAAAGUUUGUGGCAAACUUGUCCACAUUGUUGCAUCCGCUUCACCAACUGCUGCAGGCUGAUACAAAGUGGAAUUGGUCCCCACAAUGCGAAGAAGCAUUCAAGACUUGCAAACAGCGUCUGCUAAAGAGCAAGUGGCUUGCCCACUAUAACACAGAGAUGAAGCUGAGACUCGCGUGUGAUGCAUCUCCAUACGGAGUAGGAGCCGUCAUCUCACAUGUUCUACCGUCAGGUGAAGAACACCCUAUUGCAUUUGCAUCACGGACUCUGUCACCAAGUGAGAAAAAUGAUGCUCAAAUUGAGAAGAAAGCUCAUGACAGACACUCAGACUGUCAGAGAAUUCAAAGAGGAAGAGAGUGUGAUGGUACGUGA